AUGAAGUUUACCAACUUGGCUCUGGGAGCUGCUUCCGUCGCGUCGGUCCUGGCGGCCCCUGUCGACGGCGCCUCCAAGGAGAAGCGCGCGGGCAAGUUUCUCUUCACCGGUGUCAACGAGUCCGGCGGCGAGUUCGGUCAGGGCAACCUGCCGGGACAGUUGGGCAAGGAUUACACAUGGCCUGACAAGUCGACCAUCGACACUCUGAGGACAGCGGGCCUGAACACUUUCCGUAUCGGAACCAUGAUGGAGCGUAUUAUCCCUGACAAGUUGACCGGCGCCAUCAACGAGACCUACUUCUCUGGUCUCGAGGAUCUGGUCAAGGAUGUGACCUCAAAGGGCUCCUACGCCGUCAUCGACCCUCACAACUACGGCCGGUACUACGGCAACAUCAUCACCAGCUCGGCCGACUUUGGCGCUUGGUGGAAGACGGUCGCGGCCCGCUUCAAGGACAACGACAAGGUCAUCUUUGACACCAACAACGAGUACCACGACAUGGACAACUCGCUCGUAAGGGAUCUCAACCAAGCAGCCAUCGACAACAUCCGCGCUGCGGGAGCCACGAAGCAGCACAUCUGGAUCGAGGGCAACUCGUACUCGGGUGCCUGGCACUGGCACAGAUUGAGAGCGGCUCCGGCGACGCUCUGA